UCGAAUCAGACAGACAGUACAAGACGCCCAGUGUACUUGUGCUACCAGGUGUGGGUUUGCUGAGACGACACUGUCAACAGGGAAGCCAUUACGCCAGGUCAGAGAGGAUGGAUAGGCAACGUAUUGAGGCGUUCUUUGUGAUUCUACUACUUUUCGUUGUCUUUGCUUGCGGUCAGCGAAGUGCAAGAUCGACAGGGGGCACCACUGCCCCGCCAGCCCAGUUCAUUGUCCUGCAGGCCGAACGUGGCCGUGAAGGAUAUCUCACAAGUCCCGGGUUUCCAGAGAACUAUCCAAAUAGGACGAAUAUAAAGUGGAGGAUUGAAGCUGGUAAUGGUGAUGCGGUGCACUUGGCGUUCGACCAUUUUGAUCUGGAAAGGCGCCAGGUACUGAAACGGAACUGUAGCUGGGACUUUGUCGCGGUGUACGACCAUAACAACAAUUUGAAAGAUAAGUUCUGUGGGAAGGUGCUACCCCCAGAGGUAGAAUCCAGCUCCACCGUCUUGUCUGUAGCUUUUGUGUCAGAUGCUACUGUAUCAAGGUCUGGCUUCUCUGCAAGAUACUGGGCUAGCGAUGCACCGGCAUUAGAAAUAAUGCCUGCCGGCGCCAUGGGAAGUGUCAACUUUGUUCCUUUCGACGUCCCCGAUGAGUUUUAUAACUAUUGUAAAGACCUGGACUUCGACUCGGUUGCGAUCCCCAACUUCUAUGGCCACGGAAGUGUUUCGGAGAUCCUGACGUCACGGCAAUGGCAGGAGAUGACGACUGUUGACCGUUCGUGCCAUCCGCAAAUCCAGCCAUUUCUAUGUUCACUCUUGAUGCCUCGGUAUACAACAAGAAAUGAACUGCCCUGUCAGUCAUGGUGCAGAGAGGUAAAGUCGUCAUGCUCAUCAACAGACAUCGACUGUGAGAGUCUUCCUAUCACUGGAUGCGUCAACUUGGAACCUCCCGAAGAUUGCUACUACGGUAAUGGAGAAAACUACAGAGGCGUGGGAACUCUACCGGAGGGAAGCGGGAAGACGUGCCUUAAUUGGACUAAUGUGCUUGAGCCAUUGUUUGGACAAUUCAAGUCCCACUUGGACUGGGUUGAUAAGCGUGAGAACUACUGCCGAAAUUUAGGGCUGGGCUUUUUUUAUCAAGAACCCUUCUGUUUUGUGAGAACCGUCUUUGAUGGCGAAGAAUACCCACUCCCAACGCCAUGUGGUUUGAAGCCUUGCGAUGUUCCUGGCUGCGGACUUCCCCCUGUUGUGGAAUCUGGGAGCAGAAGUCCGGUGCAAAAUUUCUACAGGGUAGGAGAGAGCGUCUCCAUCAGCUGUGAUGUAGGCUACGUCAUAGAGGAUGACGACAUGUCGAUAACAUGUGCAGGAGAUGGAACAUGGAACAAGGAAUAUCUACGGUGUACUGUUGACCACAGGCUGCAGCUUGCCAAUACUCUGCUUGCUUCAGAACGGUACUCCCCACAGCUGGCACCCAGUCGGAAUCAGGUCAACGUGAUCUUCGAAGCUGCAGUGGUGGAGAUAAUCGACGCUGACGAAAAGAACGAGAACAUGUUCGCAUCGAUCGCUUUCAGGCUGCGAUGGAGGGACAACCGUCUUUUUUGGACCCCCACCAAGUACGGUGGAGUCUCUGAGCUUGUUGUGACCACGAAGGAUGUGUGGAUCCCCAAAGUCUUUCUACAACGAAACGGCGACGCUAAAUUCAGUGACUUCCCCGAUGCUCCCGUGACAGUCAGCAGUGAUGGGCUAGUGGAGUGGGACAUCAUUGAUCUACUCACGACAACAUGCGAUCUCGAGCCGGCAUUGUUUCCUUUUGACACCAUGGAGUGCCCUGUGUGCCUGGGAGCGAACACUCGUGUGGAAAGGUUUCACUGCCCGAAAAGGAAUGACAACAGAAAUGCUACUGAACACAAUACUCACAUAGAAAAUUUCAUGGCAUGUGGGGAAGAGUCUGUGGACGUGGCGGACCAGUGGAACGCGCGAUGGACGAUUGCUGUGAACGAGGGCGUAUUUGGUAGUGGUUGCAUCAACAUGAAGUUUGACCGCAUCCCAACGUUCCACUUCUGUACCACGCUGUUCCCUGUCAUCAUUCUGUCUCUGCUCAUGUGCAUCACCUUCGUGCUGCCCAUUGAAAAGGGAGAUCGUCUAUCCUUCGGGAUGACGAUCCUGUUGUCCAUGGUGGUGUCUCUGGUUUUCAUUACGGAGGUACUGCCGGCCAAGGGCUCCAUGCCUGCAGUAGCGCUGCUGAUCGUGGUGUACAUGUGCAUGAUGGGAUUUUUCCUGAUCGUGACCGUGAUAGUCAUCAGGAUCAGCUCAAAGGAUAAAGACCUCCCUCCCAUCUUGAAGAAGGUGUUUCUCCGGUAUGUCGCCCGCCUGGUGCUCCUGGGGGACCUGACCAAGCCAACACAAGGUCACACUGUCCUGAAAGUGGACGACUUUGAGAUGGCGAAAGGAAUGAUGGGAAAUGACAGUAAAUCAUCCCAAGCCGAGCCAAACCACCUUCUUGAAGUCUUGCUGUCUCUCAAGGAGUCCGUCAACAAUCUCAGCAAUGCCGUCGAGACAUUCGGAACCUCUAAACCGUCCGAGGCGACGGAAGACGAGCCUGCCAAGACGGACUACUCCAAGCUUGCCAGGGUCCUGGACCGUCUGUGUCUCAUCUUGUAUGUGUGCGGAUUGAUCAUUUCGAUUCCCAUUGUGAGGUUUUCGGCUGACAACAACUAAAGUUACCCACUGCACUUAGGGGCACCGGUGCGGCACUGCGGGGUUCGUUCACUGCGGCACUGUUUUGCUAUUUUCGUUGACUUUUUUAUAAAUUGUGAUAUUGCAUAAUACGUAAACGUAUGACUUAGAAGACUAUAGAAUACACAAAAUGUAUGUAAAUUCGUCCUGUAUCUCUGAAGUUCGUUGAGUAAUCUCUCGAACCUCGCAGUACCACACCGGUGCCCCAAGUGCAGUGAGAUACCACCUUAAUGGUGGCGUAGCUUCUACCUGGCUCCACCUAGUUCGCAAACUGUACUCCUCAGCUAGCAAGCUCAUCUAGAAUGUUAUCUCUGUAUUUGGACAUCUUUAACAUGGAGCCUGAUCGAGCCGAAUAGAGGCUACGUUUGAUAUAGAGAGGUUUAGAAUUCCAAACUGAUUUUAAUCUAGAAGUAACCAUGUUUAGAAAAUUUAAUUUUUUUUUAUUAUUACGGAUAAUUGGGAUAGUGUGCAAAUCCAUUGGUGAAACUAACGGUGUAGCGUAGAUCUAACGUCAUUCAGAUCAGUUUAUAUUUUAAUAUCUUCAAGAAUUUUUGAUAUUUACAUCGGUUUGCAACAUUUACAACAGUUUGUACCAUAAAGACAAAAAGGGUAACAUUAAAACAUUUUGUAACAU